CUCUGGCAGGUGUGGUUUAAAAAUCGGAGAGCGAAGUGGAGAAAGCAAAAACGCGAGGACCAAGAGGCAAAGAAGAAGAAAACACAUGUUUUAACACCAGAUGAAAAAACAAGCUCCUUGGAAGUAUUACCACAAAGAUCCCCAACGGUUAUUAUUGGACAUGACAUAGACAAUUCAAGUGAUGAGCUACACCUGAGGAAAACAAGCGAGACAAUAAAUGAAACCUAUGUAACCCAAGGGUCCUUCACUGAAACACCCAGACUUGAAGCUAAAACAAAAGGGCAACCAUUACCCUCUACUGCAAGAACUGAAGAGAGACGUUAG